ACCACCCCACACCCCUUUGGCCGCCCGGGUCUGGACGCCAGCGGCCCGGGCGUUGCUCUGGUGGCCCUGCGCUCGCGGAGGCGUGGCCGGCGCGCGGGUAUGGGGGUCACGGUGGAGGUGCACCAGGUGUACAAGUACCCCUUCGAGCAGGUGGUCGCCAGCUUCCUGCGAAAGUAUCCCAACCCCAUGGAUAAAAAUGUCAUCUCUGUAAAAACCGUGGAGGAAAAAAGAGAUGUGUCAACAGGGAUCAUCUAUAGAAAGAGGAUUGCAAUCUGUCAGAACGUGGUCCCAGAAAUUUUAAGGAAGGUGAGCAUUUUAAAGGUACCCAGCAUCCAGUUAGAAGAGGAAUCAUGGCUCAAUCCUCAGGAAAGAAACAUGGCCAUACAGAGCCACUGCCUUACGUGGACACAGUACGCAUCCAUGAAGGAAGAGUCUGUCUUUCGAGAAAGUAUGGAAAAUCCAAACUGGACCGAGUUUGUUCAAAGAGGCAGGAUUUCAAUCACAGGGGCUGGCUUUCUCAACUGUCUUUUGGAAACUUUCGCCAGUGCAUUCUUAAGACAGGGAGCCCAGAAGGGAAUUAGAAUAAUGGAGAUGCUGCUAAAGGAACAGUGUGGUGCCCCCUCAGCAGAAUAAAGAAGCAUCAGGGAGCUGUGUUGUGUCUCCUUUUGCUGGGGAGUCACUUCUCGGACACAACACAUCAAAGACACUGUUUUCGAAAUACGGAUUUGAAGAUGCAAUGUGGGCAGCUUAAAGAAGAGGAGACCCCCCCUGGCAGGAUGUGGAAUGAUACACUCCUGGGAGCCAGCCUCAAGCAGCGGCACUGGUGGAGCUGGGACUUUCUAGCUGGAUUUUUUAUGGCACCGUUUCUUUACGAUUUCACCCGUAAAGGGAAAGUGGUGUUGUCCUUCUUCAGGAUGUCCUGCUGACUGCUUGGUGAUGGCGUCAGGGCAGCCAAGGACCGGCCUGCAGAGUGGUGCUUGUGCCUCUGUGUUACCUGCAUCGAUGCCCAUAAGAUUCAUGAGAGGGUUCCGGGACAAAUAAAGGAGUUGAACCUGAUACCUGACUCGCAGGUACCUGGAACAGACAGGAAUGUUCCAGACCUGAGUUGAAGCUAAGCCACAUUUAUAAUAUUUUUUAAGACUCUCAGAAACCAGGAGCAUUUGAUGUCUACCCAUAAGGACUAACGUAACUGCCAUCAGUAUAGCGUUUAUGAUGUAAUGUGUGAACUGUGGUUUGACCUGUGAACAAACAUGGGUGGAGAGUGGGAAGGCAGGUUAUAUUCUUGGCUCCUCCUAAGUUGUUCUGAGAUGUGCAGCAGGCCACAGCCUCUCUGUUUUGCACUGGGCAGAUGGGGAUAAUCGGGCACCGACUUUUCUACCUGGGGUUGUGAUGAUUAAACAAGGCCUUUUAGUAUGAAAAGCCCAGAUUUGAGAAUCAAACAGACUUGGGAUUGAAUCUAAGCGUUGCCACCCACUAGCUCACUAGCACAUAAGUGUACAAAUUGUACAUCUUUCUGAAACUCAUUUUUAAAAAUUUGUACAAUGGGGUGUUAGAAUUAACUGUGUGAGGUUGUUGGACCGAUUUUGGAGUAUAUAUAUAUAUAUAGUUCCUAGCAUUCCUGGUGCAUAGUAGAAGUUCAGUAAAUAGAAGCCAUUAUUAUUAUUAUGUGAAGCCAUUUUGAAAAUGUACUUUUCAAAUGUAAUUUAAGAUGGUAUUACUGUUUGAAAAUUAGAUGACAGUAGUUUACAUUUCCCAUGAUUGGGAGCCAAACUAUAAAUGUGCAUUACCUAACAGAAAGCUUGAAGAGAGGCAAUAAUUUGGAAUUCAUCUUAAGAUAAAAAUUGGGCCAUUACUGGAAAGUCUUGGGGACAUUUUUAAAAAAAUAUUUGAAAGACUUCCCACUUAGUGUAUUGAUGAAUUUCAAGGCAGUUUUAAAAUACAGGCCUGCCACUGUGAGCCUCUUCUUGGUGUAUUUGAGUUGUUUGCACUGCCUGAGUUUUUGAGUCUUGGGAUAAUUUCUCCUCAUUUACUUAGUGUUUUAUUCUUCUAGUUGUGUCGAAGGGAAAAAAUAGUGGUAGAAACCAGAACACACUUUGGCCUCCUUUUUCAGUUUGUAAAUGGCAUUUUGUAGGAUUUUGGAAUAAUAGCCCCCUUCCCAAAAUAAGAGGUGAUGUGAUUUAUCACGGGGGUGACAGGUUAGAAAUUUGUAUUUGGAGGUUGACAUUGGAAUAAACUUGACUCUUCCUACUCGACAACUUGCCGCCUCUGAAGGCGGGAGAAUUCUCAAUCCUGGCAGUCCAUUACCACAGGGGGAGCUUUGUGCAAUACUGGUGCCCAGGUUACAUCCCAGACCAAUAAAUCAGAAUCUCUGGGGGGAACACAGGCAUCCGUAUUUUUAAAGUUCCCUAGGUGAUGCCAAUGGGCAGCUAAGGAUGAGAACACUACCAUGAAUUCUAGGUGAUUUGAAGACAUUCCCUGAUUUCUUUCUUAACACCCCUGAGGUAGGAAACGAUCUUGGAAGUAAGACUUUUUGUGAGAACUAGAAAUACUGAAGCACAGAGAGACUGACUUUUGCCCUCAUUCCUUGAAGCUGGGAUGGCUGAUGCAAAUGCCUGCAGGGGGCUUGCAGGUGAUCUGAUGGGUGAAGCGGGCUGGUGGCCCCUGGGGAGAUCCCGGAAGUACGUGCCGGAGAAAGGUGAGCAGCUGCUGCCUGGCUCCAGCACGGUAGUGUUGCCACGUGGCUGGUUUUUCUAGUUCUUUCAAUUUCCAAUUUUCCAGGAAAAGAGAGCAUUUAAAAAGGAAAGAAAUCUCCCAGUUUGUACAAUGUUGGCAAUAAAUUCAGAAUUGUUUAAAACAUUGUGCUGGCCAAACGAAACGUGUUUGCCAGUAGUUUCCAGCCUCUGCCUCAAGCGUGUUCAAGACCAGCCUAAAUAGCAUCCAGCUAAUAUUUAAUAGGUUUGCAUUUCCAUACCCUGGAUGUAAGCUGCAUUCUGCCUCUCCUCCAAGACUGCUUUUGAAUGUAUUUUCCCCCCAUUUCCACAUAAUCCUCUGGACUUGCCUCAGACACUUCCCCUCCCCCCCUUGUUCUCCUGCAGGCAUCCGUUGCUUCAAGCUUUUCAUCGAUGGCUUAAAAACCUUACGCUCUUUUAAAAAUUAAUUAGGGCUUGUGAGAGUUCAUUUUUAUUAUGUGUCAGAAUUCUUUCCCUGUGUUAAAACAUUUAGAAGCCCACAUUUAAAUUUUAUUUUAUUUUUUUUUAUCCGUAGUCUAGUGUAAGGAAUGUCAAAACCAGGAGUACAGCCUUACCGGGCAGAUUAGGAACAAGGGUAGGGAAGGGUUGAUUCACAGACCUGGUCAGCCUCCUCCUGACUCGGUUGCUGAGCCUACCUUUCAAGGUGAUGAUUUGCUACAGUGAGUCCCAGACUCCCACUUGUACCAGAAAUCGUGGGGGAGGUGUGCUGAAGUAGAGGUUCCCAGGACCUCCCCCAGUGUUUCUGCUUCAGGACCUUUCAGUCAGGACCUGGCGAGCUGCAUUUGGAAAUAAAUUUACCAGGAGGCUCAGUCGUGCUGUUUCACAGACGCAUGUUCUGAGAAACACAGAUUUAGCGGAGCUGUUUUUGGCCUCCGUGCCGUCUAUCAUUUAUAAAGGUUUUUUGCAGUCAGUUGGGCCUGCUGAUCAAUACAGUUGAUCACUGAGAACACAAUAUAAAGUUCUUAUGCAGAGAGAAGCUGACUUAAGCUAUCCCUACAUGACUGAGGUGCUUUUAUCAUGAAGGGGCUUAUAUGGUUUCAGUAAUAUGUGGAUUAAAGAGAAAAGGUGCUCUAUUCUUUUUAUAUAAAUCGCUGUGUGCAUUUUAUAAGCAGUCUGUGUGUAGUAACAUCUCAUUGAUCAGACACUGGGGGGUACGUGAAUGGAUGGACAGCCUCGAGGCUUUUCUUUUAAGUUGCACACCUUUUUUGCUUUAUGUCAACCGUUUAUAUGGAAUGUUUUCUUAAUGUAGUAAACACUUUCCUGCCUUUGCAAGCCAGAACCUACUGAAGAGAAAGAAGUCUUCUCAGGGUCGGUGUUUAUGCUUGGAAUUCUUUCAGGUCCUAUUUAGGUUUGUUAAAGCCCCUACACUGAAUGGCCCCCAAAGGCUGUGCUCUUUGAGGGGCCAUUUUGCAGUGGUGUUUAUCAUUUGUCUUGUCCUUCGCAGCUGUCUGUUGUUUCUCUCUGCCAAUACCCUGUCUGCCUCUAGGAACUGUCCUUUCAUUUGCUGUAUGGAGCUAGGAAAUCAUGUAAUUGCAUAACAGUAAACAGGAUUCGAGUGAGGCUUUGAGGAGCUUUUCUAGCAGUUAAAUGAAUGAACGUUGCUGCAUGGACUUAGUGACAUUAUUUUAGUGGCUCCACUACCUUUUUCUAACUUACUUCCUGAUCCCCAACUGCAGUUGUCGGCUCUGUGACCUCAAGGUAAGGGACAUGUGGCUACAAGUGGUUUCUCUUGAUUUUUAGGCCAUUGUCUCCCCCCCAGUCAUGUUAGUGUUUUCAUAUGUGCAGUUCUAUAAUGUAAAACUUGCCAGAAAAAUAUGGUGAAUGCUGCUGCCGAGGGCGAUCCAACUGAAGGGCAGGGAUCUUCAAUAUGGGGAGCGGCACG